GGAUGGGCAACUUCCACUACACUGCAUUCGACGGCAUCGGAUCCUGCAGAGAUGGAAGCCAUGCAAUGUCUAGAACAGGGGACCCAGAAGCUAGAGGAGGGUGACAUUCAAGGCGCCAAAGAACUUUACAAUCGUAGUGUUGAAAUCAAGCGUAACGCUAGCUCUCUGUUCAACUUGGGCGUCACGCAUUAUCACCUCAAGGAGUUUGACAAUGCCAUUGCGGCUUGGAAAGAGUCAAUAGCACUGCAACCCGCUAGUGCCGAUGCUCACACAAACCUCGCAAGCGCAUACAUAAUAUCUCCUGUUGCACGUCCUGACCUCGCUUUGCAUCAUCUCCAGCACGUAAACUGCUUAGAGCUUCCUUAUCGUAUUGCGGCUUCCCUCUCACCGGAAGACCCUGAGAUCGCCUUCAAUCUCGCCGCAGUUUUGGAAGCCACUGGGCAACUCGAAGAGGCUCUGAAGCAGUAUAAACGUGCCAAAGAAUACGGCGUCGAGCGUGCCGCAAUGCAUAUUCGGAACGUGAGCGCAAAGAUUCUAGGCAAGACCAUAAAAAUCGCGGAAAACACGGAUAGCACGGACAGCUCAGCAAGAAAAUCAGAUUCGUAA